CUUUCCUGCUUUUCCGCCUCCUAAAUCUCAGCUCUCGGUCUCUUCGUUUUUCUUCUUGCCUGGCUGUUAAGACAGACUCCCUAAGCCGUAUGCCCUGCAGCACACUGAAUUGUGAAUCCAAACAGCUGGAGCAGCAGCAGAUAGACAGUGACUGAGAAAAGGAAGGGAGGGGGGGAGAGAUAAAGAGAGAGGGAGCAGAAAGAGAGCGAGAGAGAGAGAGAGAGAGAUGAAAAGCAUGCCAAGCGAGAGAGAGGCGCUCAUACUGAAGGAGGCAGAGGCAACAGCUACAGCAACAGCACGCUCCUUCCCCAUCCUCUCUCUCCUUUCUCAUAAUUCCACAUCCAUGCCGUGGAAGAUGGAGGGCACCCUGACCCGCUGAGGAGCACUGUCUGAGGGAGAAGAAAAUCUCGCAUGAGCCCUCCUCCUGUGAAUGCUGGGAUCAGUUUUUUUGGGACAAUUACCAACAAGGAGUGAAAGGAGGUGUGUACCCAGGAGCCUGCCGGCGGGAGGGCGGGAGGGAGAAGGAGAGAAAAGAGGGGGAUGAGUGGCAGGCUUGGUACAGCUGCUGAUGCCAGGGUCUCAGAGUGAGACAGAGACAGACUGAGGGGGACCUGAGGAGUGGAGGGCUGGCACGUGUGGAGCUCUGUCUGCAACUUGUAGGCCACCAGGAGAGGAAAAUAGAUUCACAUACGCACACACGCUGGACAGAUGAGGAGGCAUCAGGGACCACACUUCAGUCCUGGGUGUAUGGUGCACUGACCCUGUCUAAGACAGGCAAGGAGUCAGAGGACCAGGGCCAUGAUUGGCUGUCCUGGCCCUGGUGGGCGUGCCUUAAUGCCAUGGCCAAGGGAGUGGCGAUGGGUCAUGGGUGCUUCUCUGGUGGCAGUAAUAACCCUGAUGCUGCCAGGAUGUAACCAGGCCUGUCCACCACGGUGUGAGUGCUCGGCUCAGCUGAGGUCAGUAUCGUGCCAGCGGCGGCGGCUCACUAAUAUCCCAGAGGGCAUCCCCACAGAGACACAACUUCUGGACCUCAGCAAGAACCGACUCCGCUGGGUGCAAGCAGGUGAUCUGGCACCAUACCCACGACUUGAGGAAGUAGACCUCAGUGAGAACCUCAUCGCCACAUUAGAGCCCAAUGCCUUCUCCACCCUCCAGAGUCUUAAAGUCCUGAAGUUAAGAGGAAACCAACUGAAGCUGGUGCCCAUGGGGGCCUUUGCCAAGCUGGGCAAUCUGACCAGCCUGGACCUGAGCGAGAACAAGAUGGUGAUUUUACUGGACUAUACCUUCCAGGAUCUUAGGAGUCUGAAACAUUUGGAGGUGGGAGAUAACGACCUGGUUUAUAUAUCCCACAAGGCAUUCUCAGGGCUGCUGGGGUUGGAAGAUCUCACAAUAGAGCGCUGUAACCUGACAUCCAUCUCUGGCCAGACACUGUCUUACCUUCGCAGCCUGGUCACCCUUCGUCUCCGUCACCUCAGCAUCACUGCCCUGGAGGACCAAAACUUCCGCAAGCUCUCCAACCUUCGGGGUCUGGACAUUGAUCACUGGCCAUACUUGGAGUACAUCUCCCCUCUUAGUUUCCAGGGCCUGGACCUCCACUGGCUCUCAAUCACCAACACCAACAUCACCUCUGUCCCUUCCGCUUCCUUCAAGAACCUGGUACACCUCACCCAUCUCAACCUGUCCUACAAUCCCAUCACCACACUAGAGCCCUGGGCCUUCAAAGACCUGCUUAGGCUGAAGGAGCUCAUCAUGGUAAGCACAGGGUUGAUGACAGUGGAGCUCCAUGCCCUUGGAGGCCUCCGACAGAUCCGGGUCCUCAACUUCUCCUCCAAUGACCUGCAGACUCUGGAAGAGGGCUCCUUCCACUCUGUCAACAGUCUGGAGACCCUCAGAGUGGAUGGGAACCCCCUGAUGUGUGACUGCCGUCUGUUGUGGAUCCUGCAAAGACGCAAGACCCUCAACUUUGACGGCAGAGUGCCGGUGUGUGCUGGGCCGGUGGAGGUGCAAGGGGUCAGCCUCAGCGCCUUCACCGAUUCUGCACUCUUCGAUCACUUUACAUGCCAGAAACCUAAGAUACGCAACCGUAAGCUGCAGCAGGUGAUUGCUCGUGAGGGCCAGCCAGUGAGUUUUCUGUGUCGUGCUGAAGGCGAACCUGUACCUGCUAUCGUCUGGAUUUCCCCACAGCGCAGACGGAUCACAUCUAAGAGUUCAGGGCGCAUUACUGUUCUCCCGAGUGGCACUCUGGAGAUCCGCUACGCCCAGCUCACUGACAGCGGAACAUACAUCUGUAUCGCCAGUAACGCCGGAGGCAAUGACACCUACUUCGCCACACUUACAGUCCGUGGCCAACCGCUAGAUGCCGCCUCAGCCUUCUUUCUCAAUCGCUCGCUGUACAGCGGCGACUUCUUCAACGACACAAAUCUGAACAGCACACGUGUUUUCCUCAAGUUCACACUGGACCUGACCACCAUCUUGGUCUCCACGGCAAUGGGUUGCAUCACGUUCCUGGGGGUGGUCCUCUUCUGUUUCCUGCUGUUGUUCGUGUGGAGCCGGGGACGCGGCCAACGCAAGAACAACUUCACAGUGGAGUACUCUUUCCGGAAAUCUGAACCCGCCACUGGAGGCUCCUCAGGAGGGACCAGGAAGUUCAACAUGAAGAUGAUAUGAAACAACGCAGCCAGGGGUCCCUCAGGGGAGGCAUGAGCACGUCCCAAAAACGUGUUUGACACAUGCAAACACACACAGCCACUGACUCGCAAAGAAGUUUGAAAGCACAAUAAUCAUUGCUUGUCGAUGGCUCUAUUCAAAAUUGAUCGCUCACAUCUAAACUGGAGCCACGACUCGAUUUGAUUUGAUUUGAUUUAUGAAUGAAAACAAUGACCCUGAUCUCUCUGUCCAUCAGUAGUUUUAUUCAGCAUGUGCUGAAAAGCAUGUUUGAAAGAUAAAGUAAGGAACUACAGUAUUGAUAGAUCUGAAAGAGCUAUUGGUCAUCCAUACUUGAUAAGAAUAAUAGAGUUAAGAAUUAUAGGAGUUUUGGAAAUUGGCAUGAUUAUUGAGUUGUGAAAUACUGGUAGUCCUGUCUUUCUCUUAAAUUAAGAAAAUGAAAUAGAUUUCUCUCUUCAUUUGAACUUCCCUUCACUGUAGUCUGUGCAGUCAGGGAUUUUAAAAGAAACGUAUUACAGAGAGACCUGGCUACCAUCCAUUCACAGAAUUUGUAGAAAUGCUCUUCUAAAGUCUGCCUUGUUAAAAAUCUUGCAUGUAGAAAUGCAGUUGAGAGUUAAGUUGUUAAGUUCAUACCACUGAAUAAAAGACACUGUUUUGAAAGACAGCUUGAAUAUGUUUUUCUAUAGAACAUCUGUAGAACAGCCACCUUUAUCUAUUCUGACCACGGCUGAACAGUGAAGAGGGUUCUGUAGGGUCAAACACUUCAUUAACAGUGUCAUAUUCCAUUUGUUUUAAUGAGGUAAAGCUGAAUAAAAGUAAAAUACAGUAUGAUAAUAAUAUCUGAUGCAAAUCAUUCAUAUAAUUGACACAUAGACAAACAAAACACAAUUUGGCCUUAUCUUCUUUGUGAGAUUUUGUGACAACGUCAGCUGUGUGAGUUUGGGACGAGCACACUGGCCGAGAGCUGCUGUGGUUGCCCGUGGCCCAGUGGGUUUGAUUAGGAAGUCAAGCCCUCUGGACACGGGCCGCCACAGUAACCAUCGCAACCAACACAAGAGAGAGCAAGGGGGACUGGGACUGGAGGCUUCACAAGGGUUGCUGGAGAGAAGGGAAGGGGGAGUGUGACCUCUUCUUCACAAGCCCUCUUCAUGCUCUUUCAACUACAAAAGAGUCUCGACCUGCCAGCCUCCACCUUCAGUCCCUGGCCUCUGCUGUGCUGGUGAACACCUGACUUUCCCAGAUCUGCCCGGGGGGAGCAGCCUGGAGAGUUGGGUCAUACUCAGAGACAGACAGAGGACACAGAGUAACACUGUAGGGGUCCUCACGGAAAUAUGAAUACAUACACACACACACACACACACACACACGCUCAUCCUGGUAGUGGAAAACACACAUAGCAGCACAUGUGUGCAAAGCAGCACCUUUUCUCAGGAAAAGUGAAAAUACCCUACGGAGUGAGUGUCACCACACAUACUUACUCUGAUAAAAUUAAACAUUCCAGCAAUACUGUAUGUAGAGCCAUAAAUCCGAAAUUCAUUCUCUGAUGUAAAUUUGUGAGUGAAGAAACAAAGCCAUAGUAUUUGUUUUUUAUACUGUAAUGUGCAUGAUUCAGUUAUAUAAUAACAAUUAUCGUUACUGCCAUCUUACAAGCUGUUGUGAUGAUCACAAGACCAUCUGCUGUCAUUGGGUUUGCAUGAAGUUGCACCCAUAACACACAUACACAGAGGGGGGGGUGGAGGGGUAAAACCACAUAAAGGUUACUUGGAGUGAUAGGAACAGCAAUCACAGUUACACAUGAAUAAACAUACAAAUUGAUAAAGCAGUGUAACGCUGACUGCUCUCUCACUGUCUCUGAGACGGUCAGUGUGCGAAUGUCUCUGCCCCCCUAGCCCAGUGCAUCCCCCCUCCUCACCCCCACCCCCCCUACACCCCCACUGGGUCCUCCUUUGGGAGGGGUCCCUGGCUGGAGACCGCGGAUUCAAAUGUAAAUGAAGUCGUGUUAACCCUACCCACACCAUGUGCAUCGUAUAGUGGAGAGUAGUACUGUGGUUUUAAAAAUGAAAAAACAACAACAAAAACUUUUUUUGAAGUGUUUUGUUGCUUUCUAUUUGUUGUCCUACAUUUUAAUUUCCUCAGUUGUUAUCCUCUGUGACCUUUUGGCUGUUUACCGUUUAAAAGUUCCUCCUUGUGGGACCGUUCUGUUCUCAACACUUUUCCCAUUUUCCCACUUUUCUCCAGUGGUAUUUUGAAGAAAAAUGUAAACAUUUAAAGCUGUGGUUCCUAACCUAUUGUCAUAAGUUAAAUUGGUGGUGUCAAAAGACAGUGAAGAAAAACCAUAAGUCUGCAACAAAAGUUUAUAGUUACAAAAUUUUUUCUUUUCUUUGACUUCUGCAUUAAUUUUAUUUAUGUUAAAUACUGUGUGAACUCACAUUUAUCUUUGCCUAAAAGUGUUAACCAACUAAAGAUUUAUGCAUCACUAAAUUAAAACUGGUUGUUCCACACAAAGUAGUUCUUACAUUCAGAUUAGCUGCUCAUAUUUCCACACAGUCUUACCCAGGUGCAACUGUUACAUGGCUAACUCAACCAACCGACAAAACUAACAUUAGCUUGCUAAUAUAUGACUCAUGCACAGUGGAGGGUUAAAAAGAUAAUGGAAUAUUGUCAACCUGUCUGUUUAACAGUAAUGCAGUUGAAACUGGGAAUGUUUUACCUAAUAACCUUCAAAUAGCAAAACAUUAUACUAAUAAUUUUAGGUUUAAACAAUAAGAUAUUUUCCAAUAAUGCUAAGCUGCAUCAAUGUUACUAUUCAAACUUAUGCCAUUAAUAAUCCCAUGCACAAUACAACAAACUCAUGAUUGGCUGCUGCUGUUCAACUCACAUGUCCGCAUGUGAUUUAAGAUGUAAUAGUGUAAAAAGUUGGGAACCACUGAUUAAGGCACACCUGCAAUGCUGUAUGAGAAUAAGUUUGUGGUUUGGAAAUAUUUUGCCCUAGGUAAAAAAAAAAAAAAAAAAAACUUUCAAAACUUUUGCAAAAUAAAUCCUGCAAACUUUUUGUCCCUUCUGAGGGAUGAUGAAACCACAGCUUCUGUGUCAGGAUGAAUAACUGAACAGCUGUUAAAAAUUCAUGAGGCUGAAUGAGAACAGAUGAACAAAUUGGCCUGCUUUCCAUACUGCCUUUAACAGUGUCAGUGACUGCAGCCAUUUCUGUGUUGAGAACAGGACGUUGCCUUCAUGGAUGUCUCCUCUCCCUGAGCUGACCCUUUUGUUUUUUUCAUUCCCCCGUAUUUCUCAGUGAAAUUAGGUUUAGAAGACAGUGAGAAUGUCUGUAGUGAUUGUCAAUGGUGUUAUUGUGUAAACAUCAAUCACAAAUGUAAGCGUAGAUGAGGGCGUGUUUCAUUUGAUUAUCUUAUUCUCCUUCUCCCCCUCUUCACCGUCCUCCUCCCUUCUUCCUGUUCCCUGUCUCUUUAACAUUUGCAACCCUCGUUGUCCCUGUUCACAGUAUUAGGCUGGAAUAUGGUUGUGUGGUAGUAGACACGUGUACUGUGUGGUCGGUGAGUCAGUGUUGUCGUGUUAUGAUUUGUAGCUCCUCGUGAUGCCAUCGAACACGGAGCAGUGAUUGGAUCAGUGGAGAAAAAAGAUGAAAGGGGUGACCCAGGUUCCCUAAAACAAACAAACAAACAAACAUUGGUUCCCAUUUCACGCCCUACUCAUUCCUGAAGAACUUCCUCUGCACAGUGCCACUCUGGGAUCUCUCUCUGGUUAUGAAAACCCAUGGACUGUACUGUAUGUAUUUUCUCUGAUAAUAUCUUUGUGACACUGAACUGUAGAAGGGGGGUAUUGGGGACUCCCCCAGUACUCCCCUUCUAUUGGGUUAUUAUAAUAUGGUGACUUUCUGCCUACUGUGGUACACCGUGUGAGUGCUUUUGAUAAAGAGCAGCAUCAGAGCAGUCAGUUCACUGAAAACGGAUAUUUUCAUGUUGGUCAGGGUUGAAAAUAAGCACCUGUAUCUAUGUAGAUCUCACAAGUACUUGAACACUGGAGGAACUCAUUUUACUUCAAGUUAAAUGCUCUUUGAAAAAAUAUUUUCUUUCCAGCCCAGAUUAAAUUUACUGUCAUUAUCAAAGGCUUUAAGAAUUUGUUAAACACUUUAUGAGUGACUCUUUGCCAAGCAAUUGCGGCUCUCUAUUUCAAAAUGGUGCCAAUAAACACAGCUUUGCAGUCAAGCCAUUGCUUCAGUCAGGCUGACAGACUCUCAGUGUGCAUAGACACCAGUGGAGCUGAGUUUGAUUCAUCUCCUUUGCUGAGAUGCUUGAGAAAGUAGGCUGAGCGAUCCCCUGCUCCCUCCUUCGGUUUGUCCUUGCCUGGGGUUGGUGUACUGUAGUCUAGACGUCCCAUUUACAACAACGGGAGCAACCUCACUAUUAGGAUGCCUUCCACUGGGGAACUCUUCAAAGAAGCAGACCAAAAUAAUUCGAACCUUGAGACAUCAAUAGUCACGGCAUCAUCACUGACCAAGCCUGAGCUCCUCUUCUGUUUCCCCUUGAUUUCUCAUUUAAAGAAAGCUUUGCUUUCAGGUCCUUUAUCUGUGUUCUUCAUAUUUGACUGAGACAGAGCAAUUUGAGUCUUACAGCAAUUUCCUUUCCUGUCAUUUUUACACUCUGCGUUAGCUGUAAAUGAAUUCAUCUCCUACUCCAGAUCUACAGCUGCUGCUGUGAUUGGAUUAGACUUGAGUUGAAUUAUCAGAGCUGAGAGGAGCAGUAAUGGGAUGACAGAGAAAGGGGCUCAGCUGAUUGAGUGAUAACUUGGUUUAUUAGUCCCAUUUCCAUAAAAGACCUCUCAGAAGAGUGGGUCAUGCAAGUACUAUUUUACUUAUUUGGAGUUUUACGUAUCUAGGUAAAAAUACUAGCUGUGGUGGUUUUCUCUGGAAAAAGAAACAGUAAGGCAAAGCAGUAAUUGCUAAUAUGAUAUUUAGGCAUGAUGCACGUGAAUUACAGCAUUGCUGAAGGAUUGUUUAAAGCACCAUGGACAGACAACUACUUCGUUUUAACCUUGACCAGAUAAUUGCAAGUUCCCCCGUUUCUAUGUGUCAAUACUGACCCCAUGUGGUCAAUGUGAGUAACAGCAACAAACAGGACCAUACUGCUGAUGCGGAUGCACCUGCACCAGUGUUAUACAUGCUGGGAAAAUAAAUAAAUCACAGCUUUGGGUCUCAUACAGUGAAACACCGAAGAGAGCAAAUUGACUGUUAGAUUCAUAAGUCAGUGGUUCACUGAUUUUCUUAUAGCCAUAGUUUGAUAUCCUCUCCGCUCUGGGUGUUUAUCUGGGGCGUUGCUUGAGUUAUCUGAAGAGGCCUCCAUCUGAUCAAAACCAAUAGCUAUGACCUGGUUUGCUAGGACUCAGUCUGUAGAUUAGUCAGACGCUUUCUGAUGCCCACUCUAUUCAUACCACCACCACAACAAACAAUAAGAAAACAUGCUAAAAGGUGACAGUAUCAUUCUUUCUCUGUGUAUGACUGAGAGCUGAUCUGUAAAUGAUUGGCUCCUCUCUAGAGAAAAAAAAAACUUUCUUUCUUGUGGUCUUAGCAAGUUUAAUCUAUGCAUGCCUUUUGUAUACCGUGAUUGGUCUUGCCAAACUCCUACCCACACUUGUGCGGAGAGCUAUGGGUGCCAUAGUUGCUGGCCAUGGGACUGGUUGAAACAAACUGUGAGCAAAUGAGACCGUUAAAGUUGUUUGUAAUCUGAUACAAAUCAAAGCCAGGGACAAGUAAUCACAUGCUCUUGUAUUCCUGAAUAAUUAAAUAGAGUGUGCAUCUUACAAAAGAAGCAUUUGUUUACUUGGGAUGAUUGUACUUUUACACAUAUCUAUCCACACACAGGUGAUCUGCUCGGAUAUAUACGCUGUAGAUAAAAUGAUUGAUAUUCCAAGCAGGAUGGUGGGACUGAUCAAUGCUGUAUGGGGAUAGGACUAUUAAUGGCAUAUUUCAUUGAUCCAUUCUGAACCUUGUCACAGCAACAAUCCCUCUGGAGUGGGAGAUAGUGUGCAGAGCUCUUACAGACCUGGUAGACACUCAUUCCUAGGUUUCCACAUCACAUUUAAGGUGAUUCCACUUUUCCUGCUUUAAGAACGAGAUGGUGCCAGAUUUCGACAUUUUUUCUCCAGGUCUCAGCUGAUAUAACACUCUGUCACUUCUCCCACUCUUCAGAGGAAGCUGUUGUUGGUAUAGCUCUGUAUUUGCUGGAGCCCUCUAAUGGAAAAUAUUGAACUUUAUGUCUCAAAUUUGGCUGAGGUAAACGUAUCCUCUCUUCUCUCUUUUCUCUCUCUCUCUCUCUGUCUCUGUUCUUUCUCUCUGCCUUUUCUCUCUGUCUCUGUAUCAACCUGGCACCAACCUCGUUAAACAUUUCAUUCAUUGAUCACUUUUUGCACUAAUGCAUAUUUGUUCCUUAUUUACAUGGCCGUUACUGAUUUCUGAAACCUAGGAAUGGGUGCUGAGUGCUCCAAUUAAGUGCAGAGCUAACAUAAAGACAAGUUGUUCAGCUUGACGGAUUGAAUAGUGUGAUCUGAUUAAUCACUGAAAAACAAGACUGACUCAUAAUAGAGACUAUUUUACAGUGAGGAUUAAAAAAUGUAUUUAUUGGAUUGUGGUUUGUGGAUCCUUGGAUGUGAAGAACAGAAACUGUACAUAUUAGAUCUAUUAGCCAUAUCAUGUCAUCUAAUCUGUAGACCUCCUUGCCAUGUCUGACAGAGGACAAUGACUGCUGAACUGUAAAUAGUGUAGGUAUAGUAAUGUAGGAUUUAACUGCUGCUUCUUUUCUCCAAGGAUCCCCCAUGUUUUGCUCAGUCCCGUGGCUGCUUGAUCUCAGAGGGAAGGAUGAGACAAUAAUGUAUUUGUCUAUAAAACACAUAUGAAGUUUUUUUUUUUUCAGUGCGUGUUUUAUAUACCGUCUGUCUUGUAAAUGAACUCUUUUUCGUCAUAAAAGCAUGAUGUGACUGUCA